GUCUGUAACUCAGUUCGAUUUUCAUCAUUCUUCAGCUACUUAGUAUUUUGCUUCCGAUUUUCAAUCUCCGCAAUAAGGAUGAAGCAGAUAUUUAUAUUUAUCGCUGGCGCUCUACUGUUGCUGCAAUCAUCGCACGCUUUUCCACGAACGAAACGUAGUGCUGAAGCUGUGCUUGCUCUCUUCCAAAACUCCUCCUCCGAAGAAGUGGAUCCAAAAGUACAACUUGUGGUCACUACUUUGAACGAUUUAGUACAAAUAUCGAAAUGGGUGCUUGAAAAGGGUAGCGUAGUAGUUAAUAAUGCUGUUAAGGAACUGGAAGCUCUUCCAGUGCAAGAUGAACUCCUGCGAGCAAACAUAACACGCAUGUCCAAAAUUGGAACAGAGUCUGCUCAAUUUAAGCCGGAAGAAGAUGGGCAGAGCAUCUUGAAGCUCUUAGAUUAUAUGGUUAGUUUUGCCGAAAUGAUGGCGGACUAUGAAAACAUGCCUGACGAUUCAAAGCAGAAGGCGGCAUUGAAGACAGCUUUGGAAAAUAAUGGUUACAAUAAGCUUGAGAAAGACUACGAGGAAAAAGUCGUACAACUCACUAAGGAUUUCGACCAGGAAUUCGGUAAAUAUGUCAGCGGACUAACACCAGCCGAAAAGGUGGAUGAAGCCAAAUUGCUGAAAUGGUAUGAUGACUACAAAGCUGAAACUGAUGAGGACAAGAAAUUUGACAAAUUCGGCGAUUUCUUUGACCAAAUAUCCUAAAAUCCAAACAUAGACACAAACAUUUUUGUUAAUAUGCAUAAUGUAAAAAUAUUAUUUUUAAUUUCAAUUUUAUUUGGUUGUAUUCAAGUAUAAGUAAUUACCGCAUUAAUGAAAUAGAAAAUUCAAGUAGUGUGCAAUGGAACUUCAUAUCCACUGCAUACGUUGAGGAAA